AUGGCGGGGGCGUCUAGCAGCUUGGGUGCGAUGAACCAAUCGUUCACGAGCUUGUUAGGUACACCAUCGAUAAACGAACAGUGGCAGCAGUUCCUGAUGUUGCAACACUUUAACGCAUUUCAGGCUACAGGUGGGCCCAUCCAGAGGCCUGUAGGUGAGACUUCUUCACAACCGGCACGAACUAAUGUCGCAUCUGCUGAAGAAGACGAAGUUCAAGAGGUUCCUGCACCACCCAAGCGAGUGACAAAAAAAGGGGUGGCUGCAGCUGAGAAGGCGAAGUGGUCCAUGGACGAGUGUGUAUUGCUGUGCAGGGCGUGGACACAUGCUUCACAUGACUCAAAAGUUGGUAUUAGCCAAGACGAGACAAUGUUUUGGCGUAAAGUGAUCGAAUGGUACAACCAAGACCCCCCAGCCGGAGAACGAAAUAAAAGCCAGUUACAGGGAAAGUGGAACAAGAUCAAAAGUACCACUAAGAAGUUUGGAGCAAUAAGGAAGAGGCUGCAAGAGCAUGGGCGACAGAGCGGCGCCGAUGAUAAGCAAGUGUACAACCAAGCUCACAUUGAGUACGUAGGGGUUCAUGGACCGCCCAGGUAUCAGUUUGAGCCAUGUUACGAGGUGUUGAAAGAUUGUCCUGCCUUUUGGCAAGAUCAUAGUAUUCCUAGAAAAGGCGUGGGUGAGUAUGUUGAUUUGGGUGAUUUUGUAGAGUUGGGCCAGUCGAGUCAAAACUCGGAUGCAACGACAGAGCGGUUGUUUGGAGACGACCCAAUUCGACGACCUAUGGGUCGUAAUGUUGCCCGGAAAAUGUCAAGUGGUUCGGAUGCCACUUCUAGCCGUGGUGGUUCGAGUGGGUCUGAACAGGCCUUGCAUACCCUUGAUCGAAUGCUCAUGUUGCAAGAAGAGCAGGUCAGAAAAAUUGAUGAGGAUAUGAGGAAAGUAGAGGAGGAGCGGCAGGUGAGAGCGGAUGAGCGCUUCCGCAAGAAGGUCAGGGCGGCUUUCGCACUUCUGCAACAGCCAAUCCCCACCAGCAUAGAUGAAGACGAGCUGGAGCAAAUACGGGCUACGCGCAAAAACCUCUUCGAGAAGUAUGGGCCAUAUUUUAAGGAUAUCUAG